ACGUAGGAGCCAGCGUAACGACGCAUUUUUUUUUCCCUGUUGGGGGCACAACAGCAGCUCUGGCAUCUUCGGCGUUUGAAAUACUUCCAAAUUUUCUCGUUUAUGCUAUAUAUUGUUCGUUUUAAACGUCUGGAAUCGGACUCUUUGAUAGCGAACAGUCUCUCCGUCGCCAGAAUCGUCCAAAAUACUCACUUUUUAAAUCGUAGAAGUACAAUUAGUCCUGGUCGCCGUGCUAGCUUUUUUGUCUCCGGUUAGCAACAUAGUAAAUGAGACUGAGCUGCCACUCUUUUUAUUUUUAAUCUUUACUUUUAAACAACGCGAAAGAAUCAGAAAGGCUUCUGCUCUGUAUAUUACUGAAAAGGUAGUCCGGAUUAAAGACCGAGGAGUUGCGGCGGAAGUUUUUUCUUGAGUUGAAGUUAGAUGCCGGCCGGUAAACAGCAGCAACGUUACCACUGCUAAUCCGACCGAGGUCAGCUUGAGCUGCUUAUUAGCAGUGUAUUGACGUGCUGCUCCAUCGACAGUAACACUGAGAUAACAGACAGGCCUUGCGACAAAAACGGAGGAACAAACCGACAUCAGCAUGAGUUAUAAGCCAAUAGCUCCUGCCCCUACUGGAUCUAACCAUACACCGCCAGGAUCUUGCGGAUCUUCUCCAUCUCUGCCCUCCUCUUCCAACUUCAGACCAGCAUUCAGUGACUUUGGCCCACCAUCGAUGGGCUUUGUACAGCCGGUGAAGGUGUCUCAAGGCUCCACCUAUAGUGAACUGCUGUCUGUCAUUGAGGAGAUGAGUCGUGAAAUCCGCCCCACUUAUGCUGGCAGUAAAAGUGCCAUGGAGAGACUCAAGAGAGAGAAGCACCAUCGCUACAGAUGUAGCGAAGAGAAACCAGAAGAUGCUGGACCUUCCACGACACAGUGCUGUCUGAUGGAACAGCGCCUAUGAGAUGCUGCCUGCCAUCUGUGCUGUCCUCUUAUCUCCAGAGGUAAGCUGUUUAUUUAAAGGGGAACUCCACUGAUUUUGCAAAUUACUUAAUCAUUCAAUGGUUCAGAUGUAAAGAAAAUCAUUCAGAGUGGUUUUGGUAAUGAAAUGCACCUUUCUAGAAAAAAUUACAGUCAAAAUUGUUUACCUAGUAUUACCAUACUAGGAACCAGACAUCUUUAUGUCUACACUACAAAUAUCACCAAUUCAUUUGCUGUUCAAAACAACCAAUGAAAAUACAAGUGUCUUAAGUUUUUAUAUGUUAGACUGAUAAUGCUAAAAUAGUGCUAAACCCAAAAUUUGUUUUCUCAGGGUACUAUUUGUUCC